CGGCUCGGGGGGAAUCCGCCGUCCUCACCUUGGCCUCCAGUCCGCGCACGGCGCCCCGCGGUUGCUCUCCCUGCCGGCCUCCCCGCCAGGCGCUGCCCCGCUUGCCGCCCACCAUGGCCCUGCUGCACUCAGGACGCGUCCUCUCCGGAGUGGCCUUCCAUCCAGGCCUUGCCGCCGCAGCCUCUGCCAGAGCCAGUUCCUGGUGGGCCCAGGUGGAAAUGGGACCCCCAGAUCCCAUCCUGGGAGUCACCGAAGCCUUCAAGAGAGACACCAACAGCAAAAAGAUGAACCUGGGCGUCGGUGCAUACCGGGACGAUAAUGGGAAACCUUAUGUGCUCCCCAGUGUCCGGAAGGCAGAGGCUCAGAUUGCUGCAAAAAAUCUUGACAAGGAAUACCUGCCUAUUGGGGGACUGGCUGAAUUCUGUAAGGCCUCUGCAGAGUUGGCCCUGGGAGAGAACAGUGAGGUGUUGAAAAGUGGUCGGUUUGUCACUGUGCAGACCAUUUCUGGAACUGGAGCCUUAAGGAUCGGAGCCAGUUUUCUGCAAAGAUUUUUUAAGUUCAGCCGAGACGUCUACCUGCCCAAACCAACCUGGGGGAAUCACACACCCAUCUUCAGGGAUGCUGGCAUGCAGCUCCAGAGCUAUCGAUACUAUGACCCCAAGACUUGUGGGUUUGACUUCACAGGCGCCAUAGAAGACAUUUCAAAAAUACCAGAGCAAAGUGUUCUCCUCCUGCAUGCCUGUGCCCACAACCCUACGGGUGUAGACCCUCGUCCAGAGCAGUGGAAGGAAAUCGCAUCGGUGGUAAAGAAAAAGAAUCUCUUUGCAUUCUUUGACAUGGCCUACCAAGGUUUUGCCAGCGGUGAUGGUAACAAAGAUGCCUGGGCUGUGCGCCACUUCAUCGAACAGGGCAUUAACAUUUGUCUCUGCCAAUCGUAUGCCAAGAACAUGGGCUUAUAUGGCGAGCGUGUGGGAGCCUUCACUGUAAUCUGCAAAGAUGCCGAGGAAGCCAAAAGAGUGGAGUCCCAGUUGAAGAUCCUGAUCCGUCCCAUGUAUUCCAACCCUCCACUCAACGGGGCCCGGAUCGCCUCCACCAUCCUGACAUCCCCAGAUUUGCGGAAGCAGUGGUUGCAGGAAGUGAAAGGCAUGGCUGACCGCAUCAUUAGCAUGCGCACCCAACUGGUGUCCAACCUCAAGAAGGAGGGCUCACACCACAACUGGCAACACAUCACCGACCAGAUUGGCAUGUUCUGUUUCACUGGCCUAAAACCUGAGCAGGUGGAGCGGCUGACCAAGGAGUUCUCCAUCUACAUGACGAAGGACGGCCGCAUCUCUGUGGCUGGAGUCACCUCCAACAAUGUGGGCUACCUUGCCCAUGCCAUUCACCAGGUCACCAAGUAAACCCAUGGGGUGCAGAGACAACCUUCCUGAACAGAGACAACCUUCAGCCUCUGCUGUUGCGAGACUCCCAUGAGGAUGAGGGGUGGGGGGUAGUGAAUAGGUCCUUUCUUCCAACCAGUGCAGAACACUCAGUGACUGAGUUUGCUCAGCCAAGAACAGGUCAUGAGAUAGGGCAGGGGCAUCCAUGUUUGGCGUCUGGGAUUUUGUGGCUCUCAACCAAACUCUUCCUUCCCCGCCCCCUCCCCCCCAUCCUUUUGCCUCUAGCUUUUCUGAAAGAGUUUACAUGUACAUGAAAGUCAAAGCACCAAAAAGAAUAACCAAAACAAACAAACAAAAACGGUCAGUCUUGAAACUGCAAUAUUUCACAAGCUUUAACUGAGGCAUUGUAUGGUGUUAGGAUCCAGCCAAGACUUAGCUCAUAUUAGAAGCUGAGAAAGACCUAUUUCUGUCAUUAGCAGUUUUGUCCUCAUGUUUGUCCUUAUCAACACCCCAGUUCAGGAAUUGUGCUUUCCAAAAACCAAUGAGUCUGUGGCUACUGCAGCAGGGAAAAUAAUAGAUGCCAUUUCCUGUCUUGUUUUUUUUUUUAAAGCUUUCUUUUUGUCAUUGCUAGUUUUUAUUAUUAUUAUUUAAGGGUGAAAAAAAUCAGAAGAAAACCAGCCUAGAUUUUCAUCCCACUCUGCUACUUGAUUGAUCGACCAUCAUUCUCAUUCUACCAGAAUUUAAGAAUGAAGAACAUGAUUGUCUCUCCACAUCAAACACUCUUCCUUUCUUAGCAGAGAAUAGUGGGAGAGUAGGUACUAUACUUUACUUUGGCAUCCUCACCAGCGAUUUGUAGGAUCUCCUGUUGGGAUAGGGCCUCUGCCCAGCUCAGCCUCUUCCUUCAGCUGGCCUGCCAAUGCUCAUCCCACACCUUGAGUAAUAGGAGGCAGCGCAGAGGAGGAUCAGAAAGAAGACAACCUUAGUUGUGAUUGCUGCCCACAGGCUCAGACUCCGCCUUUUGGAAAAAUAACCACCAUCUGCUCUAAUCUAGACCUAUUGCAGCCUGGUUUCUCUGUUACAAUAAAAUUAUGGUAGACUCAA